AUGGCGUCUUACGAGAUGGUAGCCGAUUUUCACUCAAUGGUCACAAACUCGACGUUAAGAGUAAUGGUUUUAACGAAGUGGUUUAAUGUUGGUGUCAGAGGUGUCGAAGGAUUAGAUGUAAUGGUGGUCGACGAAGCAGCGUCCGUAACAAGGAAUGACUACGUUAUCAUGUUUGAUGACCAAAUCGAGGAAGGCGAAUGGUACAGCCUAUCCAAGUUCUCUGUCAUGAUUCUCAUGUUCAAAACCGAACAACAAUUCACGGAUUAUGCAUUAUCAUGGAAUAUAACACUAAGAUCCACAAAAUACCAAGAAGAGCAUCGAGCUAUGUAG